AUGUGGAUGCAAUUUGCUCCUUCAGUCAUACACACGCUCGAAGACGCGCAGAAGAUUUCAGGGGAUAAGAAAGUACAUUUGAGCAGUGCAGAGCCACUUUACGCCCAAGAGUCCGCGAGAAACAAAAGCGCCGAGGACAUAUUCGCAGGCGCCAGCACAUUCAGCAAGAAAAAGAGCAUGCAUCGGCCCGUUAUGUUGACAGUUACGUACUCCAACGAACUUUUGUUUAGCGCCAGAGAGAUACCCAAAGAUGCGUAUACGAUCGUUGUAAACGAGAAUACGCCCGUCCCCUUUAACGACCUAAACACCGCCAUGAAGGAAAGCAUGCGCAUUGAGAGGCUUCUAAUUGAAAAGCUAGAAAGAAAUGAAAGUGUGCAAAAAAGUCUGUGUUUUUUAACUACAAGUACGGGUUUAUUUUACAUAAGCAAGCAAAGACUGCUUGGAGAAAUACUCAAGACACAGCGCAAGAUAGAGCGCAUCCGCGCCCUCACUCUUUUGGCCGUGCAGGCGCCCUUGGAGGCAUUUAUUAAGAAGCUGUGCACGCUGAAAGUAGUAGCUGACAUUGCAUAUCCGGAAGAGUCCAGCCGGGUGAGUGCGUAG